AUGUUGGGCUUGGAAGCUCGGGCCACAGAUGCACACAACGCGGCACGGUGGCAAACUGUCGAACGGGUGCUUUGUGGCGACGGCGACGACCUGAAGCUGGGCGCCCGCCGCACCGCCCUGCGGGAGCUCCGCGAGGAGCGGGAGGCCUCGCCGGAGGGGCGACGGGAAGCGAAGCAAGUGGCUGGAGCCUACUGGGGAGAGAACACGCAUUUCAACUUCGCCUUUGUCUUUUCGGCGCGUCCUGAAGUCACUGGGCCUGAACCGUCGCCAGUCCCAAAGAUGGACGUGAGGCCCACGGUCACGGUGCGUCCCAGCUCGAAGUUCAACCGUGCAAGGCUGAGGUGCCGGCCAAGAGACCACGAGGUGCUGAGCUUGAGACAAGACAGUGCGGCCCGUGCCUCGCUUGUGCAGACAGGCAAGGACUCAGAAGCCGAGAUAUUUGUGGAUAGGAAUAUUGCCAACCUGGUGAACAAUGUGGAUACGUCCGCUAUGAGUGUGAUCCAGUAUGCGGUGGGCAUUCUCCAGGUGCAGCACAUUGUGAUUUGUGGCCACUAUGACUGCGGUGGCAUCAGCGCAGCUGUUCGAAACGAUGACCAUCCUUCACCCUUGGCCAACUGGUUGCGCAACAUCCGCGAUGUGUACCGCAUGCACCGAGAAGAACUGAGCAGGAUCGAGGACCAGGAUGUUCGAGCACGCAGAUUAGUUGAGAUCAAUGUCAUUGAGCAGGCGAUCAACCUGUACAAGACCCGCAUCGUGCAGCAACGCCGCGUUGAGACAUACCAGAAAUUGGAUGAGUAUGGCUUCGUUCAGCCUAAAAUCCAUCCAUGUGUCUACGACCCGGCGACAGGGAAGCUCGUUCGCCUCGAUGUGGAAAUGCAGGACUACCUAGAGGAGCUGAAAGAGAUCUACAACUUGUACAGUGUUGCCCACCUGGACGAUGAGGAGGCGGGUUGGGAUGGUAUGGGUCCAUCAGUCGUCCUGCCUCCCUGA